AUGGGUCAUAAACGAAAAUCUUGUAGUGAGGAUAUAGAUAUCAAACUCGCUAAGAAGCUGAAACGGUUGAAACAGAAAUUGAAGGAACACGAAAGAGAAAUUCGACACUUACACAAGGAACGCAACGUCAGUCGUCCUAGCUCGAGCUCGCUGUCUGCAAAAGGUUCGCAGCGAAACCAAUCAGACAGACGCCGUUCGCGAAGCGAUUCGGAUUCUGGAUCGGACAAGAAAUCACUGGAAACUCCGGUAAUUCUCUCGGUUCAGAGCAACGAACAAAAUUCUGUUCAACAAAUAGAGAAAGGGGAGGUUAACGACACAUUAAUUUCAACGGAGACUACGGCAGAUCCGACCUUGACAAAAGAAGUGCUCGAGGCCAUAGGUAAACGUCUAGAUUUAGACAAAAAGCGCGGACCACUAAUCCACGCUGAUAUAGUGGCACGAUGGUACGACGUAUUAAAAGAAGGUUUACCCAAGGAAGAUCGUAAGUUGUUGUACGAAAAAUAUCCUCUACCUAUGAACUGCACUCAGUUUGAACCUCCUAACCUUAAUAAGGAAGUGAAAAUUCCUCUCUCUGAUACCAUCCUUUCCAGAGAUAAACGUAUUGCGGAAAAGCAAGAGAAAAUAUCAGUUUGUCUGGCGGUGCUAGGCUCAACCUUGUCUACCUUAUUUGUAAAUGAGACAUUUGAACGAGUGAACUUAAUUAGAGUUCUUAGUGACGUCACUCGCAUGUUGGUUGACCUGCUACGAGACGAGACUAGUAUUAGACGCUUUAUUCUUAUAGCUAACCUAAAUCCGACACUAAAAGAAAUUUUGACGAUAACAAAUCCAGGCGAAUGGCUAUUCGGAGGCGAUCUAACAGAGACUCUCAAAACUGUAAAAUCUUUAGAAAAAUCCUCUAAAGAUUUAAAGCCGAUUGCGAAAACCCCGACUGCAUCUCUCAACACACCAAAAAACUCGAAGGGCCCCCCUCAUCAGAAAAAGAAGCAAACAGUUGAUGGAGGGGCAUCGCAAACCGUUUAUCCCUACAACGAAAAGGCCCAAUUACAAGAAGAGAACGUCGAGAUCGAGGUCGAGGUCGAGACACAGCUCGUACAGGAAACGUCGCUAAUACCGGCAAGUAUUUUAUCUGGUCGCUUAAAAUUUUUUCUGCCUAACUGGAAACACCUCUCUACGGAUAAAACUAUCCUGGAGUGGAUUGAAGGCUAUACCAUUCCUUUUUUCACCCAACCAACUCAAACGACUGAACCAGCGGAAUCACACUGGUCAAAGAAGGAAAAAAUACAAAUGGCAGAACAAAUACGCGAAUUGAUACACAAGGGCGCUAUUCAGCCAUGUGAGAAAUGCGAUGGUCAUUUUCUUUCUGACAUUUUCCUCACCACCAAACCUGACGGCUCUAAUCGUUUUAUACUAAAUUUAAAGAGUUUGAAUAAAUUUAUAAAUGCAGAACACUUUAAACUAGAAGACAUACGGACAGCUCGUGAUAUCAUACAACCAAAUUGGUUUAUGGCGACUAUAGACUUAAAAGACGCAUACUAUCUCGUUCCGAUUGCAGAGUCUUCUAAGAAAUUUCUUAGAUUUGUUUUCGAUGGACAAAUAUACGAGUUUAAUUGCCUACCCUUUGGGUUGAAUACUGCGCCGUAUGUCUUCACUAAAUUAAUGAAACCAGUAAUAACUUGGUUACGUGAACGAGGGAUCAUUUCCGUCAUUUAUUUGGAUGACUUCCUUUUACUCGGAGAGUCCGAAGAAAGGUGCUCAGAAAAUGUUCGCAUAACCUGUUUCCUGUUAGAAUAUCUGGGAUUUAUAAUUAAUAAAGAUAAAAGUCAGUUAAAGCCAACAACAAAGCAAAAGUUUUUAGGUUUCGUUAUAAAUUCAAACGAGAUGAAGCUGGAACUACCUAAAACAAAACGCGAAGGAAUUCUCAAAUUAUUACGAAAGUUUAGAGUAAAUUCGAGUUAUAAAAUUCGCGAUUUUGCUUCGUUAAUAGGCAUUCUUAGUUCUACUUGCUUAGCAACUAAAUACGGCUGGGCUCACAUAAAGGAUUUAGAACGCGAAAAGUUUUCGGCCUUAAGAAAUAACGGAAACAACUUUGAUUCAUAUAUGAAACUAACAUUUAGAAUAAGAGAUGACUUGAUUUGGUGGAAAGAAAAUAUCAUUUACAGUUUCAAUCCCAUAUCAGGCCCAAAUUUCAUCACAGAAAUCUUCUCCGACGCCUCUCUGUCAGGUUGGGGCGCGAGCUGCAAAGAAGAAAAAACUCACGGAUUUUGGAACAACGAGGAACGACAAUAUCACAUCAACUAUCUGGAACUACGAGCAGCUUUUUUCGGCUUGAAAUGCUUCGCAAGGAAAUUCAGAAAUUGCGAUAUUUUAUUGCGCAUUGACAAUACCACGGCCAUCUCUUAUAUCAAUCGAAUGGAUGGAAUUCAAUUUGAACACCUAAGUAGUAUGACCAAGAAAAUCUGGUCCUGGUGUGAGCAUCGCAAUAUCUGGAUCUUUGCUUCUUAUAUUCCUUCAAAAGAUAACACAGUGGCGGACGAGGAGUCAAGAAAACUGGAACCAGAGACGGAAUUCAGCCUCUCACAAAAGGCCUUUGAUCAUUUGUGUACGACGUUUGGCAGACCAGAUAUUGAUCUUUUUGCUAGUAGAAUCAACAAUAAAUGUCCAAAUUAUGUUUCCUGGAAACAAGAUCCGGGAUCUAUCGCGAUAGACGCGUUUACCAUAGAAUGGAAUGAUAGCUUUUUCUAUGCCUUUCCACCGUUUACAUUAAUACCUAAAGUACUAAAAAAGAUCAUUAAUGAUAACGCCAGAGGCAUUUUGGUCGUGCCAUAUUGGCCGUCUCAAGCUUGGUUCCCCCAGUGCAUGCAGAUGUUCGAAUCAAAACCUGUCGGAUCCUCAUCCACUAUGGUACCAACUUUCCCUGGUGGGCGAAAUCUCAUCGAGCAGGUCUACCAACAGAAAAAUAUGACGCCUGAGGCAAUUAGAAUCAAUGUUUUACGUUUUCUCACCAGCGAAUUCGAGAAAGGGGCAGCUUACGGAUCUAUUAAUUCUCCGAGAUCAGCAAUAGCAUUAAUUCUGGGACCGCAUGUGGGCGAAGACGUUUUAGUCAAAAGAUUCUGCAAAGGCAUCUCAAAACUGCGACCAGCAUUACCUAGAUAUGACUCAACAUGGGACCCUAAGAAAGUUUUAGAUCUCAUUUCACAAUGGUGUCCUAACGAAAAUAUUUCGCUAGAACUACUAUCAAAGAAAGUUGCAGUAUUGCUAGCUCUAACUACGGGCCAUAGAAUACAAACCCUGACAGCUAUUAAUAUUUACAAUAUCACGAAGAAGUCCGAUCAGAUCGAAAUAAAAAUCCCUACGCAACUUAAGACAUCAGGACCCAGAAAAUUUCAACCAAAUCUCACCUUACCAUUUUUUCCGGACGAUCCUACUAUUUGUGUAGCAUCAGCAUUAGAAACAUACCUUAAGCGGACCAACCAUCUACGCAAAGAUAAAGACAAGCUUUUCAUAUCAUGGAGAAAACCACACAAAAACAUUACAACUCAAUCUCUAAGUCGAUGGAUUAAGGACACACUCCAGGAGAGUGGAGUAGAUACAUCGACCUUCACUGCACACAGUACUCGCCAUGCAUCCACUUCUGCAGCCAAGAGAAAGGGCGUUAAUAUUGACCUGAUAAGAAAAACCGCCGGGUGGACUCUCAGGUUUUUGCGAGGUUUUAUGACCGUAAAAUCAAAGAAGAUCGCAGUGCAUUCGCAAUAG